AUGCCGACCACAACCUCAAACCUGACACCCGAGUCAGAGCUUCAGCUCGCUUUCGAUCCGAGCCUCAUACCACAAGCAUCGAAAGAUCUUCUACCAGAGGACAUCAUCGUUCGUCCUCUCGCCAGCGACGACUACAACCGCGGUCACCUCCGUGUACUCGCCGACCUCACCCAAGCACCAGAUAUCGGCUUCACCGCGUGGUCGAAGCAGUUCGCACUUCAAGUCGCUUCACCGAACACCUACUAUCCCAUCGUCUUCAUCCACACGCCCACCGACCAGAUCGUAGCAUGCGGCACCAUGUUUGUCGAGUUCAAGUUCCUGCGCGGCGCCGGACUCUGCGGUCACAUCGAGGACAUUGUCGUUCACAAGGAUGGUCAAGGUAAAGGUUUGGGUAAGAGGAUCAUCGAAAUUUUGACAGAGGUCGGCAAACAAAGAGGCUGCUACAAGGUCAUUCUGGAUUGCAGUGAGAAGAACGUGGCCUUCUACGAAAAGUGUGGCUAUCACAAGGCAGGAGAACAGAUGGCCGUGUACUUUGUAUAG